AUGAAGGUCAAAAAUAUCAUUAAGAGAAACGAUUUGGAGACGGAGAGAAGGGAGCCCUUGUCUUGGAUUGCUAACCCGGUGGCCACCGGGCCUGAAACCCAGCAGAAUGACCAUCUCAUCUUGGAACCCAGUUCUCAGGGGAGUUCCCGACUGGUGAACUUGGAUAGUAGUACACAGAAGAUGUGCUCGGAAAACAAGCUCCCGCUCUUCAGGAAGCGUAAAGCUGCGCCCAUUGAAUUGUUCUAUGACUUGUUCUUCGUCGCCAAUCUGUCAAGCUUCACAUCGACACAUGAAAUAAAUACCACGGCCAACCUAACGGCGUAUGCCGGGUACAUUUCAUUGCUUUGGUUCGUAUGGCUCCAGACUACCUUCUUCGAUCUCCGAUUCCAUACCGAUUCCGCUCUGUCACGGGUAUUCAGAGCCGCACAUCUAGGGAUCAUGGCCGGCUUCGCUGUCUUGGGACCUAACUUCGACCCAUCAAAUCCCUCGUCAAAGCCGAAUGAGUUUCGGAACAUGAGCUUCGUUCUAAUGACUUCUCGAAUCAUCCUGGCUCUCCAGUAUGCCUCCAUCGUAUGGUAUAUAAAGGGGUACAAGAGGACGGUUUUUCCAACUUUGCUGGUCAUUGCCACGGUUUUUACUACCGCAAUGGCGUAUCUGGGUCUCGCGUUCACGUUCACCAGGACCAGCGGCCAUUUGGCUUUCCUUGCAUGGUAUGUUAUUGGGGCGGUGGAGGCGGUGUUCAUGAUAUCUAUCUCCAGCUUUUGGAGGGUGCUUAGUUUCAAGGAGACAGCUAUCAUCGAGAGAUUUAAUGGGAUGACAUUGAUUGUUCUAGGAGAAGGAGUAGUCGGGAUGACCAAAGCCGCCACCAGUGUAGCCCAAGGAGCAACAAACAUCCCCAAAUCUUCCAUUGGUCUUAUCAUAAGCUACAUCCUUGUCAUUUAUUUCAUCUAUAUAAUAUACUUUGACCAGAUUUCAGAGGAACGGUUCGGCAGCAUACGUCAGCAGAUAUGGGCCAUUUUACACUUCCCGUUACACAUGGCAAUCCUUCUCACCAUUGAAGGCAGUCGUGGAUGGAUCAUGUGGAAUGUCGCCAACCGUAUCGUGGAGCAUGCUACCUUGAAAGCCAGCAUGUUCUUUGACGGGCUUUCGGCAUCGCAAAACUCAACCGCAGCACAGGGGUUGGUCAAUGACCUGGAGCUAAUCGUCACCGCUGUCUCCGAUCGGCUCCGGUCCCCCCAACCAGUACCGGACUUUAAACCGAUAUACAACCGGCUCCUCGCCCUCUCCGACAACGACAACAAUUGGGGCGCCGAAACCUCCGCGCUUUUCGAAGAGUUUUUCAACAAGCUUUACCUCUGGGUUAUGCGCACAUUUGGCAUUGUGCUGCCGCAGCUAGACGGCUCCGGAAAGCAGAUCCUUGAGCAGCAGAACAAGGAAGUUUCCAGCAAGUUCUAUGUGUUGUUUGCCUACUUCUUCAUAGCCGCUGGGCUGACGCUUGUGUUCCUUGCGUCGCUGCAUUGGUUCGGCAAAAUGCAUAAAACGCGUGGCGAGAUGCUGUCCAUCGUUCUUACUACGCUGAUUGGGGCCGGUCUGGCGUUUAUCUCACUGUUUGUUACGGUUGCAAAAAAAGCAGCUGCCAUCGCAGAGACGCCCUUUUCGAGUUUCCUGACGAGCGGGUGGAUUGUGCCAACUGUGGUUCUCACUUAUGGGCUCGUCGUUGUGAUUGAUAACUUGAUUGUUUGGGCAUCACACAGGCGCUGGAUUAGGUGGGCACACUAG